CAAACGGUUCAUGAAGAAGAACUCUGGGCGGCAAAUUGGUACUCUUGUACAUCUGAAAACAGCAAUUCAUCGAAGUGAUGUAAAUUUCAAUGUUAAGAGUCGUUUUAAGGCACAUGAGGAUUUUGUCCUUCUUGUUGGAAAGGCGUACCUUCUUCAUACUGUUAUGGAGCAUUUUGAGAUGGAUACACUAGAAACAGCACCAAGGAAACAUUUGCAACCCCCAAAUGUGGAGAGAGUUCAUAAAGUGCAACGACAACAAGCCUUUGAUGAAGCCAUGGACGGUAUCUUGAAAGAAACAUGUCAGCCACAAAACUUUCAGCAGUUGACAACAUCAAAAUCUGUGCAUCUGAAGGUGAAUGAUGAUGUUGUGAAAGUACCAUUGGAUGGAAAGCAUGCCCAUCUAUCAGUAACAAAUAGAGACAAAAGUGUGACCUUGAAAAUCCCAACAGGAAUGCUGGAAAAAGGCACCCCUAUUGUGCUGGGAGCACCUGGUGUCAAUACGGUAAAAAUAACGAAAUCAGAUGGUGAUGACCUGUACAACUAUGUGUCAUAUUUCCUGCAACAUUACUAUUUAAUAUUAUUCUUCAAGGAUGCUGUUGCUGAAGGGAACAUUUUCCACAUCAACAUUGCACUGAAAAUGAUGAUUCCAUAUUUCUAUGCACACUCGUCCUUAUCUAAAUACAUGACAGAAUGUAUAGACUAUAUUUUGAAAACAGAAAUUUUGUUGUCACCAAAAUAUGCACUUGAAGUUAGAACAAGCUCUUUGGUUAAUACAAAAGGAGGCCUUGGGAGGAACAAACCCAUGGACCUUCAGAAAGAAAACCAGGUGAAGGAACUAAAGGAACUAAUCAAGAGUCUUGGAGCAAAUAAAACAGAAAAUGCUAUUGUGAAUGUGUGCUCUGCAGCACCAGUGAUCAACGAUGUUGUUGCAAAUUUGGAUUCGCAGAUAAGCUACAAGAACAUUCAGACCUCGCACAAAAAGCGAACUGAUGAGGAGGACCUGAAAGCUUUGUUGCAAGAACUAAAACACAUAAAACCAAGACGCUACACACCAGGAAGAAAACUGGACAUGUAUUCGAACAUUAAGGCAAAUGUGUAUUCACAUCUGGAACCCAUGAGACACAUUUUCACCGUUGCAGUGAAUGAUACUAUCCAGCGGUUGCAAAGGAACUUACAUCCAGAUGAUGAUCAGGAGGGUCAAAACUCUGACAAUGAAACAGAGAUGUAGAGAAAAAAGACAGUGUAUCAUCCUGCAGAGAAAUACAAUGUAGUCAUAACACCUGCAUUUGUUUGUCUGCAAAAAUUAAACAUGUUCUGAAUUGCAGAAUAAUGACUCUGGAAAACAAGUUUAGAGUUUAAGUAUACAUAUAUAUACUGUAUGAUACAUUAUGUCUGACAGAUUAUCAAGAAGCUUUUCAUAAUAUUUCUUAUCAAUUUAUCUUAUUACAACCAUUGAGAGCAAGUAUCCCCCAAAAACAUGACUUGGAUUUAUGACACUCUGUCCUUGUAUUUUCUUUAAUAGAAUGUAUUUCAGACAUUUAAGGAAGGAGAUUUAUUCUUGUUCAGUAAUAGAUUUACUCUCUGUUCAGAUACUUGAUGGAUAUUUAAUAUAAGUUUACAAAAAAGGAAAGUUAUGAAAACAGUGCUUUCAUCUUGAUUUGUUCCAUGGCUUAAGCUUGAUGGCUUUCUGUAUUCUAGAUCUAAAGUGAAUUUCACAUAUUUGUUUGAUUUUGUUUCCUACAGUUGGAACAACACUUGUCUGAUGGGCCAUUAUAUAGUAUUUCACUAAACCCGAAAUAAGAUGCCAAGUGCUUUCUGAGGCAUGUAGUAGUGUUUUUUACAUACUGCUUCACUUCCACUUUCAAACCUUUGCGAUUGGAGGCAACAUCACUAUUAUUGUAGUAUACUAAUGCAUGUGCCUCUUGUCCUGACCGUCCUGCUCGCCCUAUUUCUUGUACAUACUUUUCCAGUGUUGUUGGCGGUCUGAAGUGAAUAAUCCUAGCAACUGAUGGGGAAUUUAAACCCAUCCCAAGUGCUACCGUUGCAAACACCAAACGUAGUUUAGGGUUUUCUUUUUGAAGUUCGAAAAUAGUCAGAUUCUUCAUUUUGUCAGUGUAGCCUUUGUGGUACUGGGCAAAAAUCCGAUUUUCUGGGAUCUGGUCCUCCAUUGGUACGUACUGUUGGGCUUGCAGCUGAUCAUCGACAUAUUGAUAGCUGUAACCAACAGACUCUAAACUGUCACAGUAAACUAUUGUGACUGGGAAAUCCAACAUUUUCUCUUGAAGUUCUUCACAUAAAGGCUGUAGUAUUUCAUUGUAUUUCUCAUACUUUUUAACAUUUGGAAGCCGUUCUUUUAUCUCUAAGUAAAUAUUAGGUCUGUCAGAGUUCUCUGUCACUUUUGUUACUUUCUGAAAUUGUAAUAUUUUUGACAAUGUCUGUAUAGCCACAGGAGUUGCUGUUGCUGUGAGUGCUAAGUGGGGGAUCUCUGGGUACACACAUGUAAGUUCACCAAGUUUACUAAAUGCUUUUCGAAAGUCCUCUCCCCUGCAAAUUAAGCAAAUGACUAAAUAUUGGAUGAAUAUACUAGAAUAUUAUAGUAAAUAUUAUGAAAUCUAUCAGUAAAUGUUAUUAUUAUGCAAGAAAUUAUCCACUUGUCUCAUUGACCAGUUAAAGGCUCUGGUCUGGGAUGGUUGCCUGUGUGUUUAUAAUUAUUCUGAAAUGUCUUUCAGUAUAAUAGAAUUGAUAUGGAAAAUUGACAUCUUCGAGGCACUUAUUUUCCUGAAUGAACAUGUUCAAUGCUUGAAGGCAACUGUGUAUAUUUUAACAUAUGCAUAAAAUGUUGUUAAUUGUGCAUAUUUUUUAAUGAUUUA